GUCAUUAAGUACACAGCUGAUAUAAAUACAAAGAGACAGGGACUCACAGUACUUUUGAACAAGGAAGAAGCAACAGGUGCUGAUGUGCAGAAGAAACACAGCCACCAUGAAAAUCUUUGUAGUGACAAUAUCUCUCUUCCUUAUUACUGGGUCCCAAGCUAAUAUUCUGUGGCAGCAGGAUGCCCCUCCAGCAAACCCUAUUGAGGAGGUAUUUGCCAGUAUUAAGGAAUAUAUAAAUACCGGGAAGGAGACUACCAAACAGUACUUUGAACAGUUUGAAGCCACUGACAUUGGCAGGCAGCUUGACCUAAAAGUCUUAGACACCAUUAACAAACUGGAUAGCUACACUGAUGACCUUCAGAAAACACUGGUCCCUUACUCCCAAGGCUUGCAGCAGCGAUUGUUGGAGGAUACUGCAGGGCUACGUGAACGGAUUACAGCAGAUUUUGAAGAUGUUCGUAACAAGCUUGCACCUUUUGUUGCAGGUUUCCGGCAGAAGUUAAAUAAGCAUGUGGAAGAGUACCGGGAUAGGCUUGUGCCCAUAGCCGAGCAGCUGAAAACUACGUCGCAGAAAAAUGCACAAGAGCUAAAGGAGAAGCUGGAACCAUACGCUACAGAAUUUCGUGAGAAAUUAAAUACUGCUGUAGCUGAACUGAGUGAGAAAGUCACACCACAUGCUGAAACUCUGAGGGAGAAGGUAAAGUUUCACAUAGAAAACCUCCAGCAAAAGGCAGCCCAUUACAGCUCAGACGUCAGAGAAAAAUUAGGCCAAAGUGUUGAAGAACUCAGACAAAAGCUAGUUCCAGCACUAGACAUCUUAAAAGAAUAUCUGUCUCCUUAUCUUGAUAAUUUCAGAACAACUCUGGGGUCUUACUUCUCCUCUCAGUAAGAUUUACAUUGAAAACCUUUAAAAGACAUGCAGACUGCCUAUUUUCAGAAGUAAUUUAAACUUCUAAUGUGCAAAAGGGAAGGGCAGACCAUUGUUUGCACUACUGGAAAUGUUGCAAUUGGCUGAAUAGCACAGAACAGAAUUUUGGGACGAAACAGGAAACAUCAGCUUUUCAAACCAUAAAACUUGCUUGUUCCCUUAAAGACCUACCUAACAUGGCAUGGCUAAAAUUACAGAAUUCAGUUGCCCCCUUUAGAGUUAACUAACACCAACCAGGCCAUGACUUGACAUUACAGAUAAUGUACAGUGAAGUUUAAGUUCAUAGAUUAAUACUAGGCUAACUGCCCUUGUGGACAAUUUUAAGCCUAGCCAGUUACCCCAUGUGAGAAUCAAACGCUGCAUGUCAUGUCUGUAAGGUAAACACCUUAACCAUUAUGCCAACCUCCCACCCAAGUUCCUGAAUUUCGCUAUGUAACUGUGUUAUAUGAGUGAUUUCUUUUUUUUUUUUUUUUUUAGUAAACUAAGUCUUGUAACUCCUUAUGCAGUACAGGUUAUAUGUUGUUCCAGCCAUAGCAAACUUCUCGUUCAGGCUGACAGUUUGACAGCCAUUGACAGUUAUAAUUAUAAAAGAUACUUAUCACGAGAAAGGGAAGAAAGGGAUUGCAGUUUAUUCAUCUACAUUUUUAUAAAUUGCCAAGUUCAAGGCUUUUUUUCUUCAUGAAAUUCAGCUAAACAAAACACACACACACACACACACACACACACACACACACACACACACACACACACACACACACACACACACACACACACACACACAUAUAAUAAAAAUAUUCCUGUACUCGUUACUCAAGCCAAAUGUUUGACAUACUUACUGCUCAUGUCAGUUAGGUUUUAAUCUACUCAUAUAAGUUUAUACUAGCUAUGCUUCAUCCUUUAUUUUUAAAGUAAAACAAGGAAUAUAUGCUUAUUAAAAUGAAAAAAAGAGUCUCUUUGCAAUAA